GAGGAAUACUUUAACACCGCCAAAGAGGUUUCUCUUGCCGACCAGCUAUCAUAUAAAACAUCUUUUCUACUUAAAAUAUGGCCCUGUUAAUGGAAAAAAGUUAAAUUCUUAAAUAAUUGAAAUAUUUUCAACUGUAAAGACUAACAGAAAUAAAAAUAAGGAAAUAAUAGAAGAAACAACAUUAAAGAUGGAUAAAUGUAGCGAGUCUGUUAAUAUUACUAGAAAAUUAUUUCGAUUUAUUGAAGAAGGAGAUAUUUGUCAAGUUAAAAAGCUAUUAUUAAAGAAAUUGAAGAAAUUGAAUGAUUCAAAAUUUCUUCAAGGUCUUUUACAAACUGUUAAAGAGGAUAGGAAAGAAAUUUUUGAGCUUCUCAUUAGAUUUAAAGUACUAGCUGGUCGGCCUUAUCCGAGAGACGAGAAAGAAGAAUUAAAAUCAAUUAAAUAUAUAUUGAAUAAUGUUAUUACUUAUUUAAUUCAAUACGAUAAACCUGAUUGGUUAGAUGUUACUUUACGUAUAUCAAUUAAAAUUCCUAAGGAUAGAAGAGAAUUGGAAAAUGUUAAUAGAUAUUUAAGAAUGGCAAUUAAUUUAAAUAACAGACAAUGCUUUGUUAUUAUAUUAAAAUUUAUUAGAUUUUCAAAGAAUCGAGAAGCAGCCGCUCUUAUUUUGCUUAGUAAUUUUGAAGAUAAGGUUGAUUUAUUUCUAAAAUCUAUUUCUCAUUUGCUAAAUAAGGAAUGUCUCAUACUACCCAUUUUGAAAACUUGUAUUAUGCAUAAAGUUAAAAAGGACGACUUAAAAUCUAUUAUACCAUUUAUUAAUCUGGGAGAUAAAGCAAAAAGUCAAUUAUGUCAUACGACUUUAAUGAAUGAUCAUAUGGAAUUCUUUAGAUACGCUAUGGAGAGUAAAUUUUUUGAAUUUCUCGGCGAGCAUGUCUACGGUACAGUCUUCUACGAUUGUACUUUCCUACAAGAGUUAUUAGACUGGUAUGGUGAACUGUUCAAACUUCAUCUGAAUAGAUUAAUAAUUGAUGAAAGAAAUACAUCGUGGAUUAUGUAUCGUUGGGAGAAAAUGCUUAUUAUAUUUAAACAUCCUAAAAUUGGAAUAAGUCAAGAUUAUAUUAAUAUUCUAUUUGAGUCGUUCAUUUUAAAAACAAACGACUUUUUAGGUAGUCUUCCUUCAAAGAAUAUAAGACAAAUGUGGUUAUCGUCAUUCUGCGUUUUGUUACAUUGUAGUGAAAAUAAGUUUGGUUUAUCGCAGCACGUUGUAAAUGUAUUAUUUUCAUAUUUGAUAAACAAUACCGCUGGCGUUACCCAUUCUUUAGCAUUUUUCUAUGGUACUUUAAUAGUUACUCUCAUUUCGUAUGGAUACACAUUUACCGAAUUGGACAUUUCCGAUUUAUUUUUCAAUGUUAUGGUAGAGGAUAGCAUUCAAAAGAGAGUUUAUACUUUAAUUAUGGAAAAUUGUAAUCAAAUUCAUCAUAAUAUACUAUUCAAACAUGUUAAUUGCCAACCGACCGUUAUGUCUCUGAAAGGAAUGGCCAGAUGGGCUGUCAGAACUUCCCUUAAGAGACCAUUCCAAGAUAAUUUAAAGUUGUUGAUAAAAAAGUACAACCUCCCACUCAAUUUCGAAAAGAUUAUCAAUCUACAAACAGAGAUGGAAGUUGUUAAAUUGCAACCUGUGAAUUUUUUUAUCACUGAUAAUCAAGUUGUAUACGAGUCGGAGUUAAAUACCGAAUCCCCAUAUUACGAAUCAUUAGCUAUUCUGUCUUCAUACAGAAAUGCAGCUUAUUUUUGAUUAAUAAAAUCUUUACGAAAUUC